ACCCACUCCAAAUUUCAGUUUCACAGAAUCCAUUUCAAUUCCAUUCAUCACAUUCACAAUGCGCUACCACUUUGUCUUCUCUCACUGAUAUAACUCCCUCUCUUCUUCAUCUUUUCUCGGUAAUCAUUCUCUCAUUGACAUUAUUAUCCCAGCAUUUUCACCGAAUUGUUGAUAGAUUGGUGUUAAGGUAAGGGAGAAGACAUGGCAAGGCUAUCCUUGGUUAGUCUUGAAGGGAACUUCUAUAGUUGCAAGCACUGCCAAACGCAUUUUGCCCUUGCUGAUGAUAUCAUUUCCAAGUCUUUCCAAUGCAGGCAUGGGAAAGCUUAUCUCUUUGAUAAAGUUGUAAAUGUUACCCUUGGAGAGAAAGAAGAACGAAAUCUGAUUACUGGAGUGCACACUGUUGUUGACAUAUUCUGUGUUGCAUGUGGAUCCAUUGUUGGAUGGAAAUAUGAGUCUGCUUGUGAGAAAGCUCAGCAGUACAAAGAAGGAAAGUUUAUCCUUGAAAGGUUUAAGGUGUUGGGACCUGAUGGCAGCCUCUACAUGGAACCUCAAGAACCAAAUGCUGCUGGAUGUGAUGUUGAUGAUGUUGAUUUGAUCAUUUAGGAUCUAAUCUCAUUUUGAAACUAUACAUUCUCUAUGCUUCUUCUUGUUAAAAUAUGUUAUACCUCAGCUAUUAGUAUACACUUACAUUGCACUAAAGGUUACAAUAUU